UCCGCGUAUCAUAUCGCGCGCAGGGAUCCCUGCCCUGCCACUCUGGUUGAUCUCCCGAUUGCCUUCGCACUGAAGCGCAUCCUCUCAGUCUCUACCCGGGCACGUGUAUCCCUAACGCAGUAGCCAUGCUAGCCGCCUGCACGCCCCAGCGCCUAUCCCUGGCGACCCCGCCACCCGCACCGAAGAAGGGCGCAUCGCUGGCGUAUAUCGGUAAUCAGGCCGACGAGUGCGAAUUCCAGCAGGUCGAAUCGCUCUACCAGAAGAUGAGCAGAACGCACAUAUCCUCGGCGCUACCUGUUACACCCCCCUCCAAGUCCUCAUCAUCGUCUGCCGCCACUGGCCGUGGCAACCAGGCGAAGCUCAACUCCUCCCCCCUCGCCGGCGGGCUCCAGUCGUCGCCCAUCGCUAAGCAAUACCAGCCCCAACCCUCCACUCCUGCUAACAGGAUCACGGGCAAGCGCGAGCAUAGCAAGCCGCUCAUCAUGAAGGACCCGGAGCAGAAACUUGUCCUUGUUGGUGAGAGUGAUGACAGCGACACCGACGAUGACUACGAUCCCGCAAAAGAAGGGGAGGAGAAGGACGAUGAAGAAACCUCGGAUGAGAGCACUGAGGAAGAUGUGGCUACCGAGCCCGAGGACAACGGUGGCGCGAACGAGCCGUCGGGCUCUGGGACCCAGAGUAACGCCAUGGAUGCGCCCCCGAUGGCAUCGACUUCGACGUCCGCGAGCACCUCACGAUCUUCUGGCCUUCCCGGGCGAUUCCCCAUCGGCUAUGGUCGCACACAGAGCCCGCCACUAACGGGCAAGCGAAGCUCGCAGGACGGUCCUCUCGAGGAGACUUCUGAGAGCAAGCGCAUCAAGAGUAACGACAUGGACAUGUCUGGUCCCGAGCCCGUCUCGCGCCAAUCAUCCAUGUCCGCUCCCGCGCCUUCUACCUCAAGCUUCACUAGGCAUGCGACCACGUCCACUCUCUUCCAGAACAGCAGUGGCUUCGGAACCACCACUCCAUCGUCGCAGAGCUCCUCUACGCCCUCUCCCUUCACCCGCACCUCGUCUGCGCCCAAUCCAUUUGGCAGCACCAACAGCGGCUUCGGUGCAUUCUCGGGAGCGCAGCCUCAUGCGGCUCCCACUCCCACCCCCUCGAGUCAGUGGUUCGGCGCGAACAACCAGGCGACGCAAGCGACUCCUUCGCCAUCGGCACCGACGACACAGUCGGCCGCCCAAUCCCCUGCCCCAAACGCGUUCACGAGUGCGUUCGCCAGCUCCGCUGAUGCCUUUGGCAUGCGUCGUAGCGCCCCGUCUCAGCCCGCUAGCACCGGGCAGAGCGGGAACAGCACCAUGAACCCCGUGAACAACAUCAACACGAGCCUCACCGUGUCCAGCCUGCAGCCCACGUCGUCUGCAACACAGACAUCGCACGCGGGACCGAGCCUGCAGCGUAUCUCGACGAACUUCAGCAUGAUGUCGGCGUCGCCGGUAUCAGCGCCGCCCCAACAACCCCCGCGCGACUUUAUGCAAGAGUCCUUGAUGUGUCACGCCAACGCCUACAGUGCGCUCAAGGCCUUCGACGACGCCGUCGCUGCCGCGCAUGCACCUGUCCUGUCCGCAUCCCAGCCCGCGGCAUCAAUGUCGCGCUCGACGGCCGUCGUACGACCUCUCGGCCACUCGGUCUCGCUUCCUCCCACCCAGCCGCAGUCAUGUCUCGUGCAGAAGCUCGUUCAGCGUCAUUCGACGCGAACGGUCCCGACCUUGGCGCAGCGGUCGUCGAGCUCUCUACUGUCGAGCAGCCGUGGUGGUGCUGUAUCCAGUUCGCUCGGCUCGCCGAGGAGCCAGCGUUCGGAAGGACCAUCCAGUCCGUUGAAGACUGAGGGCUCGAAUGCCUGGAUGUGGAGCGAGACGUCGCGGAAGAUCUUUGAGGAAGAAAGACGACUCACGAUCGAAGACGACAAGAGGAGGGCACGCAAGGAGGCGGAGCGUGCGCGCCGUAAGGAGGAAGAGCGCGAGCUCAGGCGAAUCGAGCGAGCCGCAGAGAAGGAGGCCCUUCGCAAGCAACGCAAGCGGGAGCUUAAGGCGCGCGAGGCCGAGGAAGCAGAAGAACGCAGGAUGGCUGCCUUCCCCGUCCCGGCGUUCAUGUACUUCGAGGAGCAGCGGCGAAGGGAGAAGAAGCGCGUGGAGAAGGAGGCGCGGCGAGCGGCGAAGAAGGCGGCUGCCGCGGCCGAGGAGAUGGGCGAAACAUCUCUACCUGGAACAUGGUGCGAGGACGAAGACGACGAGGAGAGCUCUGCUGCGAGCAGCACGACAUCGGACGAAAGCGUGGGCAGUGUGAGCUUGAGCUCGGAGGGCGGCUCAGACGGUCCUAGCGACUGCGAGCUCGCUUCCGGGUGGGGCUCCCGUCUGCGCUCUGCCUUGUCCUGGGCUCUUCCUCUUGCGACAUCAUAAGGAUUUUACUAUCAUCAGGAAUGAAGGGGUUUUGGAUAUAUACAGGGAAUAUCAUCACCACACAUCCUCUCGUGCCACAAUCACCUACUGUGUAGGUACUUGCUGUCGUUGCAGCGCUACCAUGAUCACGUUUUGUGUACUACUGUGCAGUACAUACUCACUUAUAUCUCCCUCUCUCAUCUGACUAUCAAAACUCGUAAAGACCACGGCC